AUGCAUUGCACCAACCGCCGGAUCCCACUUGGGAUAUGGCGCCUGCGUAUAUUCCACCAACUUCUAUCAAGCUCUUAUAAACAAGCUCAAACAUCCCGCUCCUUCUCGUCAAAAAUCCACCAAAAGCCAUCCCAAGACGACGCCUCAAUUCCUCCAUCACAACGCCUACCCCAGUCACCUCUCCUCACCCGCCCACGCCCGGGACCAAACCAGGCCACCGGUCCCAAACCAGCCCCUGAAAAUGCCAGCCUUGAACCUCUGGCGAAAAACCCCUGGGCACUAGCUCUGGCGUCGCCAAUGAGAACAUGUUCUUUAUCGGGAGCAAGGUUGCCGCGCGCACUCAUGGGAGAUUGGGGUUUAGUGCGCAAGCCGGACACGGAUGAUAUGUAUUUUUUACCAGUGGAUCUGCUCAAAGACUCACUUGCUGGAGGCAAAGCCAAAGCGAAACCCAACAACUUGGACGAGACUCAGGGCGCAGUUAGUACAGACAACAGCCCCGUGAAAGCUCGGAACGAACCAUUUGGCCGCCAGCUAGUGUUCCAUAUGACCAAUUUCUUGUCAUCACUACGAGUCAUCUCCAAGCCACUGGGUAGAACGGGCGGCAAAAGGCCUGCGGUUACGAGACUUGUGCCUUUCCGGUGGAAGCAUCCCCAAGGGCCAAUCACAGCGCGUGAAGAAAAACAGCUGGUCUGGAUGGAUAACAUGCCAGAUUACAUGUUGACGCGUAUGAGAAGUCAUGUGGUGAAGCGUCUCGUUGCUGCGUGUCAACAAGCAAACCAUCUUGGUGCUGCGAAUGGGGUAUGGACUGCCAUUGAGAUGCCAGAGUAUUCGGCCUCGGCUCUUCCGGAGGCAUUGGGCCAGCUGGAGCCGAUUGCAAAAAUGGAAUGUGGUGCAGUGCUUCUUCUAGGAGACUCACAUUUAGGUGGCAGAGGAUCGUUCCCAGAUUCGGUUACCCUUCCUCAGGUUCAGCGAGGUGUUCCUGUGUUUGACCUUUCGAUAAUCUUAUCAGAGUCAGACUUGAUGAAGCUUCGUGAGGAUGUCUCUCACUUCCAUCACUCGGCCUUGUUCUUCAGACCGAAUAACAAAGCAGUCAACGAGUUGAUGCUGUCGCUGUGGAAAUUGAAGCAGUUCCUUGCAGAGGACCUCGAGGCGUGA